AUGAACUAUCUGCGAGUAUUGACGGCGCUUCUUUUGUCCCUUCUCGUCAUUUCCACCGCCGCCUAUCCAUCGGAGAAUGGAUUGACCGCAAAGAAUGAUUCACAUUUGCGCGUGAAGCGAUGGGGUCGCUUUGGAGGAUGGGGAAGAAGACGUGGUUGGGGCCGUCGCCGUGGAUUCGGACGACGGGGCGGAUAUCGGGGCUACGGCGGACGGGGACGAGGCUACGGCGGAUGGGGACGAGGCUACGGAUAUGGUUAUCGGCCAUAUGGCUUCUAUUAUGGAAAA